AUGUUUUCAUGUUUUCGAUCAUGUAGUGAAUCUCCAUUUUUCUUAUUAUUUGGAUUUAAUAAAAAUAAUAAUAAUUCAAAUAAUAAUUACGGUGCAGAUAGAUCUCAAAAGGCUCUUAGUUCAAAAUUAUCUAAUUCAAGUCCAAAAAAAAAUUAUAGGGUAAUAAAACCAUUUGAUAAAAGAACUAGUGAUGAAACUUUAAUUGCUUGUAGAUCAUGGGUGAAUUAUAUCCAUCCUAGAGCUAAAGAUUUUUGGAAAACAUCUGAGCAAAUUUUUCAUAUAUUAUCAUCAAUUUGUCAAAAUAUUGAUAGAGCUGAUGAUCCAAUUUUAGGUGGUGAGGAAAAUUGUGUACAAUGGCAUGGUGAAUUAGCAGCAGAAGAUGGUUCACCAGUAAUAAGAAUUUUAAGACCAGGUGAAGUUGAUGAAUGUCAAACUUAUGUUAAUAGAAUUCUUGCAUUUUUAUAUGCUGAUGAUGAAAGUUUUUUAGAACUUCAAAAGAAACCUCCUGUAGCAUUUACAAUGGCAUGUGAUGAUCCUUUAUGUAUUAAUAUAACUCAUAUAUAUAUGGAUGACUAA